AUGGGCGAUGCGCUAUGCGGGCCGUCGAAUGCCCUUCAGAACUUCCAGAAGCAUACUUCCGUUGAUCGGACAUUGCAGCAAGAUCGAUUAACUUCACGACAAUCGCCGAGCCAGGGGUUUCGAUCACAGAACCCUCAAGAGGGUAUACUUGACCCGGAGUUCGCCGCAUUUGAGGCCAAUUUUGCCGGUCCCGCAUUGCCAGACUUACAACACGCUCCUCAUUCUGCGCCAACACAUCAUUUAGCGACAAACCAUGGCGCAGCAAACCAUCCGGGCAACUCUAGCUGGGCAUCGGAUUUCCAGAACUUACAGAUUUCGGGGCCAGCACACCCGGCACAACUACAAAGACCCAAUAUCGCACCACAAGUUGCAAAUGGCGGGUGGCACACUGAAUUUAUGCGACAACAGACAGGGCACAUGCCACAGGCCCAACGGGAUCCGCAAAUGCGCGGCGCCUACCAACCGUCUUUCGCACCAAACUAUCCGAUGUAUGGUUCGAUGAACCAAAUGCAGCCCUCGCAGAUCCCGCAGAGCCAGCAAAAGCCCGUGGAGCAAUUCGACGAAUCCGCCUUCGAGGCCGCCUUCGACCAGGCCCGGGCAGAUAUGGAAUUGCAAGGCGCCAACCAAAAAGACACCCUGAAUCAUCUAGAGGAUACUCAUGAAUAUGAGCCCGUCACCGAAGACAUUCGGCUGGGAUCCGAUUUGAUUCCACAGACUGAAAAACAAGACCCGCAGACUAAAGGACGGGAUGCAGAUGAACUUGCACGGACAGCCGGACAACUCCUAGACAGCGUGCGGAACGAACAAAGUGACAAGUUCGCCCAGAGCAACUUCCUCGCAUUGAUGCGUCGGAUUCGAGAUCGCGAGGUGGAAGUUGAAGGGGAUGAGUUCCGUGAAGUCAGUACCAACCCGUGA